GACUGGGACUUUUCUGGUAUCCACGUGGUGUCAUGCGUUGUAACUCAAAUUCUACUUUGAUUAUCGACGGCUUCCUCUUUUGCUUGAUUUGACAAUAGAAGCGCUGAACAAUGGUACAUCUAGCACGAACACUAGGUCGUUAUACACUACCAAACAUUCCUCACUCGCGCAUACCCAUCCCUCAAACAUGACAUUCGUCUCAAAUGAUUCCAGUUGGUGGCCAACAAUCAAUUCAAAUUUCUUAUUCAGCUAUUGGAUGGCUGUUGCCAGCGUUGUGGUAGUAUACGAUUGGGUCUUAACACUCGGACAAGAGAUUGAACUCAUCUGGAAACAGCGCUGGUCUCUCAUGACUAUGCUGUAUUUGGUUAUACGCUAUAUUGGAAUUCCGUAUUAUGUGGCCAAUUUUCUGGGAACUAUACCAUUGGUCCCGCUGACAGAUGCAGUAAGCAAUAUUAUGUACUACGCACUGAAUUGGACAAAUAUGGUCGUAGCUGCCAUGUUGGGCGUCAUCAUGGUUGCUCGCUUAUAUGCCAUGUUUCAGGGAUCUAGAACGAUGCUCAUCUUCCUUGUCAUUAUGUUUCUGGCUGUUAACAUUACCUGCGGAGUGAUCUCGGUAAUAGACUUCAAGUAUGUUGCAGAAGAGGAGUUCAUACUCUCUGGCACGUAUAUGUGCGAUUAUGUAUCCGAAGGGAACAACCAGCUUCUGAACUCAAUGAUUUGGAUGCUUAACACUGUUUGGGAGGUCCUCGCGCUGUCCCUUUCGGUCUGGGUUGGUAUGAAACACUUCCGUGACCUGCGACUCGGCCCAUCGACAGGAUCGACCAUUGGCGACUGUUUCAGAGUGCUGAUACAAUCUCACGUUCUCUAUUUUGCAAGCUUUGCUGGCGUCUCUUGCCUCCAGCUUGCUGCCUCUCCAGCAAUCUCGGAUUCGGAUUCAAUUGGAGCUCUGAUACUCGAUGGUGCUCUUGUGAUUUUAUCGGACGUGCAGAUGUUUGUGCUGGGACCACGCCUCAUCCUUAGCGUUCGACAAUAUCACGCCAAACUCGUGGCAUACUCCGACACAGAAACUAGCAUGAAUUCGAUUGUUUUCCAGGAGCAUGUACAUGUAACGACUAGCAGUACUGUGUAGGGAAAUGCGUGCCGAGUGGUCUGCAGGGAGGAGAAAUUUUGUGCAGGAUCCGUCUCGGUAUUCAUUUAACAUGUACCUGAGGGUUUCAAAAUAUAUUUGAGAGGUCUAGGCAAAGCUA